UAAUAAUAAUGGUGAGUUUCAAUUACAUAGGAUUGAUAACAAUAAUAAUAAUAAUAGUGAUGCAGAUAAGUUCUGGAUCAUCAGCAUGCAAACUUAGCCCGACAUUCUACUGCAAAUCAUGUCCCAACAUAACCGACGUUGUCGCCAGCGUCCUCCGACCGGCAUUUCAGAAAGAUAUCGUCAUUGGCGCUAAAAUCAUUCGCAUGCAUUUCCACGACUGCAUGGUUAAUGGUUGCGACGGUUCUAUCUUGCUGGACAAUGGAAACGGAAUACAGAGUGAAAAAGACGCGGUUCCUAACCAAUCUGUCUUGGGCUUUGAUGUUAUUGACGAUAUCAAGACCGCCCUCGAGAAUGUUUGUCCCGGAGUAGUCUCUUGUGCUGAUAUUCUCGCUAUAACUUCUGAAAUCGGAGUUACUUUGGCAGGAGGGCCUGGUUGGACAGUUCAAUUUGGAAGAAGAGACAGCAGAAAUGCGAACCGGGCUGGAACCACAGCCAUACCUAGCCCUUUCGAAAGCCUUCAAGCUAUCAAGAAAAAGUUUACUGACGUUGGACUUGAUUCCACCGACCUUGUCGCCUUGUCGGGUGCCCAUUCUUAUGGACGAGCACGAUGCGGGGCAUUUGUCCACCGUCUAUACAAUUUCAGUAACACCGGCGCCCCUGAUCCAACCGUGGAAGCCUCGUACCUACAGACGCUCAGGCGAAGGUGUCCUAAUGGAGGCAACGCAAAUGUGAUCGAGAAUCUAGAUCAAGACACUCCUGACCUGUUUGAUAACAAGUACUUCACCAACUUACAGUCGGAGAAGGGACUACUCCAAACGGACCAAGAACUAUUCUCCACGUCCGGGGCAGACACGGUUUCCAUUGUUAAUAAGUAUGGCCAAAGCCAAAAUGCUUUCUUCCGCCAGUUUGGUCCGUCCAUGAUUAAGAUGGCUGCCAUAAGUCCUCUAACUGGGACCAAUGGGGAGAUUAGACGUAAUUGUAGGAGGCCUAAUUAAUUAAUUUAGGACUCUCUCCUGUGUGUGUCGUGUUUUGUUGAUUUCCUUUCUGUGUGUUCUUGCUUUGUUUCUCUUUAUGAGAAAAAUCUGUGAUGCAAGUGUGUAUAUUUUAUUAAGUGAUCACUAUUGGCUCACGUGAAAUAAGAUGGAAAUCUCACUUUCCUUUC